AUGGGAAACAAUGUAUGCGCUCCAAGGGGACAAAAUGGCUAUAGCUGCGACUUCGAGAUUGUCAGGAGUAACUUCUUUGGAAACCUUUCGGCAAAUAACUUUGACUCUGGCAAUGUCAGUGCCCUUGAAGAGAUGGAGCAAGUCGGAGCAGAUCCUGACAUUGCCGGGCCCGGCAUCAUGCUCUCGUGGAGCGAUCAGCAAAUUGUCCUUGGUAUUGCAAUUAGCACAGCUGCGUUUGAAGAGUGGUGCAGCUUCUCAACCUACCACCUUAACAUCAUCAAACACUGGCUGAUUCUCUCUUCCAUCACCCAUGUCAACGCCCUCCUUGUUCACUGCAAUUACUUCCAAAAGAAAAAGAUUGUGGCAACAACAUUGAGAGCUGGACUUAUCUCCCUUCAUGUCAUCUUCACCGGUGUUGUGGUAUUUGGACACGGACAAACUGCCGAGAACAAAAUCCCCGAAAUCCACCAUCAAACGCCCCUGCAAAUCCUGCCAGCAAGCUGCUUCUUUGCAAACUCCACAAGACCCAGCCUCAUUCAACAAAUGCAUGUGGAAAUGCCGGAAACCGAGACCAGUUCACUUUCGAGCAAGUCGCUGUUCAUCUGGGGAAUUGUGCUGAUUGUUUGCAGCAAGCUGACACUGUUACGUCAUCUUUGGGCGACUGAGGAUAGGAAGAAGCGUCGUUUCAUGGUAUGGUGCAUUCGACUAGCCCUGCUUGGACUGAAUGUGGCACUGGGUGUAAUUGCAAUCACUGGUGUCCAAAGCAUUCGCAGCUGGAUGAGUGAUGAAGGCUUGAUUGAUAUUUCAGACGGCUCGGAGAGCGAGUAUUCUUACGGGCAGUACCUCUCAGCUUAUCUGGCAUUGUUUGCUGCCUUCCAGAUUGCUGAAAGCUUCUUUGAAGAUAUUGAGGAGUAG